GCACAAUCUCCUCGAAGUCAAAUUGGGGGAGAAGGGACGCGGCAACAGCCACGUCUUCGCCAUGCACGCCGCCAUGGCCCCAGUCUUUUACAGAGCCGCAUCUGCUCCCCAUGUUCCGGCGGUGGUGCGUCUCUUGGACCGCGACCUCGGCUGAGCCCCCAAUGCAAAAUGCGGAGACCGCUUCCAACCGCUCUCCGCAAUACAUCUCGGAUCUGGACGACAACCCCGCGACGUCUGCUCUCUACAACGACACGAUGCGAACAGUCUCAGCGCUUGCUUCAACUGUGCAACGAAGGACACCCAUUGCGGUGCGCCAGGGUACGCGGAGAUGCUUUUCGAGCUCUCAGAACUUGCAGGCGACAUGGGGGUUCAUUGGCCUGGGACGCAUGGGAUAUCCCAUGGCGAAGAACCUCCGAGCGAAGAUACCAGCUGAAGACACGUUGUUUGUGCAUGAUGUCAACACGGCUGCAACGAAGCAAUUCCUUGAGGAGCACCCGCAGGGCGUCCAGGUUGCUCAAAACGUGCGAGAGCUUGCCGAGAACGCUGAAACAAUUGUUACUUCACUGCCAGAGCCGAAGCAUGUCAAGGCUGUCUUCAAGGAGAUGCUGGAACCCCCAACACUGCUCUCAGAUGGUGUCGUCAAAAAAGAGCGUUUCUUUAUUGAUUGCUCAACCAUUGACCCCAUGACGUCGGGCGAGGUGGCUCAUACUGUGCAUUCCACUGGCCAAGGAAAGUUUGUCGAUGCGCCCAUGUCAGGAGGCGUUGUUGGUGCACAAGCCGGCACGCUUACUUUUAUGAUUGGUGCGCCAGAAGAGGCAGUUGAAGGUGCGACCAAGGUACUCUCAUUAAUGGGCAAAAGAGUAGUUCAUCUAGGCGGGCCUGGCGCUGGUCUCAAAGGCAAGCUCGCAAACAACUACCUGCUCGCUCUCAACAACAUUGCAACGGCCGAGGCCAUGAGCAUGGGUGUCAAGUGGGGGCUCGACCCGAAAGCGCUAGCUGGCAUGAUCAACACGGCGACUGGCAAGUGCUGGCCGAGUGAGGUCAACAACCCAGUACCUGGAGUGAUUGAAGGAUCGCCUGCGAGCAGAGGAUACGAGGGGGGAUUUGGAAUCGCUCUGGCCAACAAGGACCUCAAGCUUGCGCUCAAAGCAGCGGCCGAGGCCGACGUCAAGCUAGCGCUGGGAGAGGCGGCAAGAGCACUAUAUGACGCUGUCGAGCAAGCGGAGAACUGCAAAGGCAAGGACUUUUCCGUCGUGUACCGGUAUCUUGGGGGCAAAGAGUAGAUUGCAAAAACAAGUAUGAGGAAGAAGGAAUUUACGUAAAUUAACCG